CCCGCCCCAGGGUCUCCUUCCCUCGGGAUUCGGAGCCUCCCAUCCUCCAGGGCCGACUCGCCGCGGGGCUGGAGGGGGUCAGGACGCCGCGACCUAGCUUAGCGACAGGCCUCUCCCCGGCGACGGCGCCGCAACAAGAUGGCGGACGACAGAGACAGGGACGGCACAGAGUUAGCUGUAGCAGAAUUUCACAAAAAAAUCAAAGAAGCUUUUGAAGUGUUUGACCAUGAGUCAAAUAGUACAGUGGAUGUAAGAGAGGUCGGAACAAUUAUCAGGUCAUUAGGAUGCUGCCCUAGUGAAGGAGAGCUACAUGAUCUGAUUGCAGAGGUAGAGGAAGAAGAACCCACUGGAUACAUUCGAUUUGAAAAAUUUCUACCAGUGAUGACUGAAGUGCUACUGGAAAGAAGAUAUAGACCAAUUCCGGAAGAUAUCCUUCUUCGAGCUUUUGAGGUAUUAGAUUCAGCUAAACGUGGAUUUCUUACUAAGGACGAACUGAUAAAGUAUAUGACUGAAGAAGCCUCCCUGCAGGUUUUAAGAUGUAAAGGCCAUACACACACACACACACACACGCACACGGGGACUUCUGAGUGGUGUUUCACCAGGUGGGGUCUUGGAAGAAGAUUAGCCAUGAAGAUGGAGCCCUCUGGAAUGAAUCACUGCCCUUAGAAGAGGCAGAGGGAUAGAUGGGCCUCUUUCUACCAAGCGAGGACACAGGGAGAAGUCGGCAGUCUGCUACCUGAAAGAAGUCACCAGAACCAGAUUUGCUGGCAUGCUCAUCUCAGACUUCAGCUUCUAGGACGU